CACGACUUUCAUGCUUUCUCCGGAAGGUGACUAAGCGGUGCUGACAUGUCUGGCCGAGGCAAAGGCGGGAAGGGUCUGGGCAAAGGGGGCGCCAAGCGCCACCGCAAGGUGCUGCGCGACAACAUCCAGGGCAUCACCAAGCCCGCCAUCCGGCGGCUGGCCCGGCGCGGCGGCGUGAAGCGCAUCUCCGGGCUCAUCUACGAGGAGACCCGCGGGGUGCUCAAGGUGUUCCUGGAGAACGUGAUCCGGGACGCCGUCACCUACACGGAGCACGCCAAGCGCAAGACGGUCACGGCCAUGGAUGUGGUGUACGCGCUCAAGCGCCAGGGCCGCACCCUCUACGGCUUCGGCGGCUGAGCGCCUCGGACCUUCUACCGCCACAAGCACAAAAAGGCCCUUUUCAGGGCCGCCCACGUUUUUCACGAAAGAUCUGUAGCUUUUGGUUACUUUCUAGGAGUUUUGUGUUAUAUUGUCGGCCCAGCUUCCAAAUGUGUAUGAGAAUUGUUAGUUGUCCGUUCUGUCGUGCCCCUUUAUCUUAAUCCGAGGGCUUUUAACGUUGGGGCUUAGUUGUUAAGCCGUGCUGUGGCUCUGCCGCAGUCGGCUUGUCUAAGCCUUGGGCUGCCCAUCGUUUUGGGUGACAGAUAAGGCCACGUGGUAUCGUCAGCAUUUCCAAGGCGCUUCCUUCGUCCUCGAGCACUUUCGAGUUCGAAGUCAGGUGUCUUCAAGAAUACUUUUUUGGCUGUUGGCUCCGGACCACCGCCCCAUCACCCGAAAAUGUCAUCAGAAGUAUUCCACUUCCUCCAGGGUCUUC